AUUGUCUGUAUGUGAUAUCCAUACGUAGUGUGCACAUAAACACAACGUAUUACAAAACUGAUUAAUUAGUACUACUUCUCAAAUGGAAACCCUACCUCUUCUCCUUACCCUAGCAGCUACUAUAUCUGCAUAUCUCUUCUGGUUCCACUUCCUCGCCCGAAAGCUCACCGGCCCAAAGGUAUGGCCGGUCAUCGGUAGCCUCCCGGCUCUCAUCGUUAACCGUGCCCGAAUCCACGACUGGAUGUCGAACAACCUCCGAGCCACCGGCGGUUUAUGCACGUACCAGACCUGCACAAUCGCCCUGCCUUUCUUUGCCCACAAGCAAGGUUAUUUCACCGUGACAUGUCACCCCAAAAACAUCGAGCACAUCCUCCGAACCAGGUUCGACAACUACCCGAAAGGCCCCAACUGGCAAGCCGCUUUCCAUGACCUUCUGGGACAAGGAAUCUUCAACAGCGACGGAGACACCUGGCUCAUACAGCGCAAAACGGCGGCGCUGGAGUUCACCACAAGGACUCUACGGCAAGCCAUGGCCCGGUGGGUGAAUCGGACCAUCAAGAACCGGCUGUGGCGCAUCUUAGAGAGAGCCGCGCACGAUAAGACCUCCGUCGACUUGCAAGACCUCUUGCUUCGCCUGACUUUCGACAAUAUCUGCGGUCUGACGUUCGGAAAAGACCCGGAAACUCUGUCUCCAGAGUUACCGGAGAACCAAUUCGCCGUCGCGUUCGACACCGCCACGGAGGCCACUCUCGAACGGCUUCUCUACCCGGGAUUCCUAUGGAGGCUGAAAAAAGCGUUCGGAAUCGGCAUGGAGAGAAGGCUAAAGAAGAGCCUCGAGAUCGUCGAAAACUACAUGAACGACGCCGUUUCCGCGCGCAAGGAAAACCCUUCGGACGACUUACUCUCCCGGUUCCUGAAAAAGCGCGAUGUCGAAGGAAACCUCUUCUCCUCCUCCGUUCUGCAGCGAAUCGCUCUGAACUUUGUCCUCGCCGGCCGAGACACCUCCUCCGUCGCUCUCAGCUGGUUCUUCUGGCUCGUCAUGAACCAUCAUGAAAUCGAGGACAAAAUCAUAAAAGAAAUAUCAACGGUCCUGAGCGAGACACGCGGUAAAAACAACCAUGCAAAAUGGAUCGACCAACCGUUGGAUUUCGACGAGGCCGACAAGCUCGUUUAUCUGAAAGCGGCCCUGGCGGAGACUCUGCGUUUGUAUCCCUCGGUGCCGGAGGACUUUAAAUACGUCGUGAACGACGACGUUUUGCCCGACGGGACUUUCGUCCCGGCCGGUUCGACACUCACGUACUCGAUAUACUCCGUCGGGAGAAUGAAGAGCUUGUGGGGAGAGGAUUGCAUGGAGUUUAAACCGGACCGGUGGCUGUCGGAGAAAGGAGACCGGUUCGAACCGCCCAAGGACGGAUACAAGUUCGUGGCGUUUAAUGCAGGACCCAGGACCUGCUUGGGCAAGGACUUGGCGUAUUUGCAGAUGAAGUCGGUGGCUUCGGCAGUGCUGCUUCGUUACCGGCUGUCGCCGGUACCCGGUCACCGGGUGGAGCAGAAGAUGUCGCUCACGCUCUUCAUGAAGAAUGGGCUUCGGGUUUAUUUGCAGCCGCGUGAGCUUGGAGGAGGAGGGGUGGCCGCCUCGGCGUAGAGUGGGGGUACUUUCGUAAUUUGGAGGAGUUGGGUCCACAAGGGAUGGGGGCAAUUUGGUCUUUCAGCUUCUCUGUGUGGGGGUAUAAAGGUCA